AAUAUUAUUUUUUAUUAAUAUGAUUUAAUCGUUACCUUCCAGAAAUAAAUAGCUGAUAGAGUCCCCAUUUGUGUGGUUAAAAGAGAAAGCAGAAAGAGAUAGAUAAAGAACAGGAGUGCCUUCCAAAUUAUGGUACAUAUCAGGUAAGAUCUAUGAUUUAUCCCAAUUUCUUAAACUCCAUCCAGGAGGAGAUUACUUCUUAGAACUGACAUAAGGACAGGAUAUAACUGAAAUGUAUUAUAGCCAUCAUUUAAACAUGGAGAAAUGCGAUGCUAUUUUACAAAAAUAUUAUGUUAGAGAUGCAGACAAGAUUGAAUAAUAUUUUGACUAUGAUGAAAAAGGAUUCUACCUCACACUUCAUAAAAAGGUAAGUGAUUAUUUCAAGACUAGAGAUAAGGGACCAACACUGAUCAUGAAGCUAGUUGUUUUUAUAGCUCUCUUUUCAUUCAUUAUUACAUUCUUGUUAACCUGUAUAUUCUAAAGUUAUUUAUGGGCAUUUCUAUGUGGAUAUACACUUUAUGUUUGUUUUGGAUUAGGACAUAAUUUCCUGCAUUAAGGUUCUUAUGAGCCUAGAAGAUACUUAGCCGAUUUAUCAUUCUUCUCCCAUUUCCAUUGGGCAAUUACACAUUGUAUUUCUCAUCAUCAUUUUACCAACAGUAAUAUUGAUUUAGAAGUGACUUCAUUUGAACCCUAUUAUAAGACCCAAAAAUCUAAACUUCCUAAUAAUAAAUAUAUGUGUUACUAUAUGGAUAUAUUUUUUGCUUUUGUAAGUACUAUGUAAUUUGUAUCCACUAUUCAACAAGUGCUAAAAGGAGAAGAGAGAAUAAGGAAAGAAUACUUUAUUCCAAUUGUUGAAUGUUUAAUAUUAUAAUAUUUUUGCGGAGAUAUAUUGUAAGGAUUUAUAUUUUUUAUGAUUAUUCAAUCCACUUCAAGCUACCUAACCCUCAAGUAUUCCAUAAUUACUCAUCAUAAUAACAUAUGCUAUACUGAUGGCUGUUCUAUAGUGCCUUCUAGAGAUUUUGGCAUCUACACCUUAUAGACAAGUUAAGAUCACGACCCACAAGUGGUUUUCCCUUUUAACAUGUUUCUUUUUUAAGGGUUCAAUUAACACACGUUACAUCACUUGUUUCCCACUGUGGAUGAGUCAAGAAUUCCUGAAAUAUACUGCUUUUUAUUGGAAACUAUCAAAGAUUUCAAAUUACAACAUAUCUACAAACAACGCACAGUUUCUGAAUUGUACAAGGCUCAUAAUGCUUUUGUUUUCGGAAAAUGA